AAACUAAAUAAGAAAAAACGAGUUUUAGAUUGAAACCAAAAUUAGCUUCUUUUAGUCCACUCAUAUUUUCAGGCACUUUCCUCUUUCACAAGCAAUGGCACAAGCAUUAACAGAAAGGUAUGGUGUUGUGACAGGAGCAAAUAAGGGAAUUGGGUUUGCAAUAUGCAAACAAUUGGCCUCUAAUGGGAUCAAUGUGGUGCUAACAGCCAGAGAUGAGAAAAGGGGUCUUGAAGCUGUUGACAAACUGAAAGAGCUUCCUCUCCCUGGCCAUGUUGUUUUUCAUCAACUUGAUAUUUCAGAUCCUGCAAGUAUAGAAUCAAUUGCAGAUUUUAUCAAGAACCAAUAUGGAAAACUCGAUAUCUUGGUAAACAAUGCAGCAAUUCCAGGAGCACAGUGGGACCCUGAGGCUCUGAAUGAGGCAAUUCUUAAGGAAAAUCCUAGCCGUGAUGAUUGGAGCAAAAUAGCAACUGAAACCUAUGAAUUAACAGAAGUAGGUCUUAAAACAAAUUACUAUGGAACCAAGGCUUUGACAGAAGCACUUAUUCCCCUUCUCCAGUGUUCAGCCUCGCCAAAUAUUGUCAAUGUCUCCUCAUCCAUGGGAAGGCUACAGAAUAUACCAAAUGGAUGGCCUAAAGAAGUACUAAGUGAUGUUGAAAACCUUACAGAAGGAAAAAUAGAUGAAAUUUUGAAUGAAUUUCUAAAGGAUUCAAAAGAGGGUUCAUCAGAAAACAAAGGAUGGCCCUAUGCUCUACCUACAUAUUGUGUCUCAAAAGCUGCUCUAAAUGGCUACACAAGAAUUCUAGCCAAGAAGUACCCUUCAUUCUGCAUCAAUGCAGUUUGCCCUGGCUAUGUGAAAACAGAUAUAAACUUCAAUACCGGUUAUCUAACACCUGAUGAAGGUGCUGAAGCUGCUGUGAGGUUGGCAUUGCUACCUCAAGGUAGUCCUUCUGGCCUCUUUUUCUCUCGGAGUGACGAGAAAUCAUUUUGAUUAAGGGUUGUACUACAAAAUUUAAACUUGGUUAAUGGAUUGAGUAAUAUCUGAAGCUUAGGUACAGUCAUGUUUCAAACUAGUUUAUAAUAUUGUAACAAUGGAUUAUGUGUUCAUUAUAAUUAAAUUAGUUAUACAUGUAUUGUGUAUCAUACAUAUAUAUAUAUAUGAGUUAUGUUUG